AACUGUAACAAUACUUCACCACGCCUUCCACGUGCCUCACAGUCGCAACUUCUCGCUUGGGAUCUCCAGCCUCAUCGCCGCUCAAAAUGGACCCUAACUGCUCCUGCGCCGCUGGUGACUCUUGCAGGUGCGCCAGCUUCUGCAUCUUCUCCAGCUGCAAAGAGUGCAAAUGCACCUCCUGCAAGAAGAGCUGCUGUUCCUGCUGCCCUGUGGGCUUUGCCAAGUGUGCCCAGGGCUGCGCCCGCACAGGGGCAUCGGAGAAGUGUAGCUGCUGUGUCUGAUGUGGGGACAGUUCUGCUCCCAGAUGUAAACAGACCAACUGCACAAACUUGAAUUUUUUUUAAUACAACCCUGAGCCAUUAAA